AUGUAUGUAAAAUGUAUAUUUUUUACUCUUUCAACAAAUGUGUUAGCAGAUUCAAGCUCAACCAAAAAACUGAAGAACUACAGACGCUUGCCAUUGUAUAUUGUUGAAGAUCAUAAUGAGGUUUUGCCAUACAUACACCGAGCCAUAGGAAGUCACCAUCUUCCAUUUUCUGAUGUGACGUUUGUUCACUUCGACUCCCACCCAGAUCUUCUCAUUCCAAAAGAAAUGCCUGCAGAUGAUGUUUUUGACAAGGAAUUACUUUACGAGAGCAUCAGCAUAGAAAACUGGAUCAUGCCUUUGGUUUAUGCUGGGCAUGUCAGUGUUAUUGUGUGGAUCAAGCCUCCUUGGUGCACCCAGAUAGCAGAUAAAAAUAUCUUCUUCUAUGUGGGCAAGUGUACCACAACAGGGACAAUAAGAUGCAGUUGUAAAGAAUCGUACUUUGUGAGUGAAACGCUUUACAGACCAGAAUCUCAGCUCUUGAACAAGAAAAGAGUUCAAUUGAUUGUGUUUACACUGAAACCAAAUGGCUGGAAGGAAAAACCACACUUUGACAAAUCGGUGGAAAAUAUCAAACAGGAAGGAAAAUAUAAAAGUGAAGGUAUUAAACCAGAAAGUAAAGAGAAUAAAUGUCAUAGUAACAGUAAGUUAGGAUCAGAGGAAUGUUUGAACAAACAGCAUGAUCAGGAAUUCUUACACAGGGAUGUUGAAGAAGUAGCCAGUGAGAAAAUAGAUGGGCAUGGAAACUCAGACCAUAUAGAAUGUGACGACAGGUUAAAUGACUGUGAAGAUCCGAAUUCCAACAACUUUAGAGCAUUAAGUGACAGGAAAACUGACAAUACUGUAGCUAACAAUGAACAAGAAUUGAAUGAUGAAGUGAAAAGUCAUAUUGCACAAAGUGAAUUCAGAGACAGUGAGGGUGCAAGCAAUUCAGUGUUACAUUGCGGAGGUAGUUCCUCUAGAGAAUUGACAGUUGAUAAAUUCAGGGAAUCAUUGACAAGUAUCAGUGAGUUAUUACAGGAGUUCCCGGACAGUCCUCUGAUCUUGGAUAUUGACUUAGAUUUUUAUUCUACAAAGAACCCUUUCCUUGAAGUUUACACACCGUCACAAUACAAGAUUCUCAAAGAAUUGUACAGCUUUCAGACACCUUUAAGUACAUCAGAUGAGGUGUGUGUAGAAGUGUUAAAUGACUGUGAAGAUCCGAAUUCCAACAACUUUAGAGCAUUAAGUGACAGGAAAACUGACAGUACUGUAGCUAACAAUGAACAAGAAUUGAAUGAUGAAGUGAAAAGUCAUAUUGCACAAAGUGAAUUCAGAGACAGUGAGGGUGCAAGCAAUUCAGUGUUACAUUGCGGAGGUAGUUCCUCUAGAGAAUUGACAGUUGAUAAAUUCAGGGAAUCAUUGACAAGUAUCAGUGAGUUAUUACAGGAGUUCCCGGACAGUCCUCUGAUCCUGGAUAUUGACUUAGAUUUUUAUUCUACAAAGAACCCUUUCCUUGAAGUUUACACACCGUCACAAUACAAGAUUCUCAAAGAAUUGUACAGCUUUCAGACACCUUUAAGUACAUCAGAUGAGAAUGUAGAAGAAUGUGUAUUAAAGAGAGAAAAGGAGUUAAACCAUUUAAAGCAAGAGUUUUUGAAAUUCACUGAGUGUUCAGAACCAAAGCUCAAUCAUUCUAAAUCCGAGAAGAUCAAAGCUUUAGUGGAUGACCUGCAAUCUUGUCAAGCAGAUGAUAAUCCAGUGAACUUUGACCUUCUGCAUGAGGCAGGGUGUACCUGUGAUGACACAGAACUCCCCCAUCAUGUGAGCAGUCAGGAGGAGAUAACUCUGUUAGUUGAUGCCACACAGGACUUCUUGUGCCACAUCAAACGUCCAACUAUAAUUACCAUGGCUAGAUCGAGUCAAGAUGACUACUGUCCCCCAGAACAAGUAGAGUCCAUCCAGAAUAGCGUCCUAGAAGUUCUACAAGACCUAUACUUAGAAAUAGAACUUACUGCUGACUAUUAGUGAUCAGGCAUAGGUAGAAUGAAAA